AUGUGCUACAAUCUCGGCGCUGCCGCGGCCGCCCAUACCGCGCCCGCGCCGGAGCCGGAGCCGAAGCCGCCGCUGCCCCGCCUGCCCGGCCGGCCCCAGGCUCGCAGCGCGCGGUCUCCGCCGCCGCCCCGCGCUCGCCCCGCGCUUGACGCAGUGAGCGCCGCAGCCCGGCUCCCGCCGGCUCCGCUCCGCUCCCGGUCGCAGGCCGAGCCCAGCCCGGCGGGCUCCGGGAGGGGCGGGCAGGGCGCGAGGGGGAGGAGAUCUGUCUGGAGCCAGCGAGCCCGGCGGAGGAAGAGGAGGAGGAAGGAGGGGAAGCCGCCGCCGCCGCCGCCGCGCUCCGGGGAUCUGGGCGCGCGCGCUCCGCUCGCCGGUGACGGUGGCGCCAGCCCCCGGCCCGCACCCGGGCCCAGUGGCCUCAGCCUGGGUGACCGUGUACUGUUCCUCUGGGUCCUGGAACGCAGAGAAGACGUGCACGACCCCUGCAGGGAGGAGUCCACCAGCCCGUACUGCUUCCGCUUGCCGCGUCACUGGUGGGCCCUGACCCGAAGGACCACGGAGCUGGAGGCGCGGGGCGGAGCUGUCCAGACGCCCAGGCCGAUGGGGGAGGCGGCCACGGCCCCGGCAGGCCACGGCCCCGGCAGGAUGACCAGGGGCCUCGGGCAGUGA